UACUAUUUUUGAUAAUUACGUGAUUGGUUCACCUGUUGGUUGUUUCUUCAAGCUCAUGUGCAGUGCUUUUUUCAACUUGUAUCAACGAUGGCAGUAUUAGGUAACAUCAAGAAAAAAAAUGUUAAACAUCUCCAGAAAGGAAAGGGCAAAAGAAAGAAGACACAGCUAAAGUUUAUUGUGGAUUGCAGUCACCCAGUUGAAGAUGAAAUCAUGGAUGUUGACAGUUUUGAAAAGUAUUUGAAAGAAAGGAUAAAAGUCAGUGGAAAAACUAACAACCUUGGGAAUGUGGUAACUGUUGAAAAAAGUAAAACAAAAUUGUUGAUUAAUGCAGAUAUGCAGUUCUCAAAAAGGUAUCUUAAAUACUUAACAAAAAAAUAUCUGAAAAAGAACAGUCUACGUGAUUGGUUAAGAGUUGUAGCUGCAAGUAAAGAUUCAUAUGAAUUAAGAUACUUCCAGAUCAACAAUGAAGAGGAGGAAGAUGAAGAAGAUAAUGAAUAAGUUUAAAUUAAAAUCAAUCAUUCUCUUGUAAAUUUUCUAA